AUGGCAUCCUUGAUUCACAUUCAACGCGAUAUCAUAUUGGGUGCGAUCCGCCAUGCUGCAGGAAACGAUUGGAAAGUCCUCGUCGUGGACGAGAAAUCGAAGAAGCUUCUUGAUAAUACAGUGAAGGAAGACGAUAUUCUGAAUCAAAAUGUCACAAAUAUUGAGCAGAUUGAACACCGCCGGCCGCCCAACAAGGAUAUGGAUGCGCUAUAUUUAUUGUCCCCUCAACCGCAUAUCAUCGAUUGUCUUAUGGCAGACCUAGAACGACUGCGUUAUCGGAAGUACUUUGUGGUUUGGACAGCGAUUUUGGAUUCCCAACAACGCGCCAGGAUGGACCGAUCUCAAAUGGUUCGCGAUAUGAUUGUUUCUAUGCAUACCCUGAACGUCGAUUUUUACCCCCGCGAAUCGAGAGUCGCUAUUUUCCGGGAUCCGUACAGCUUUCCUAUCCUCUUUCAUCCUGCCUGCAACAACCUGGUACGAGAGCAUUUGGGGGACCUAGCUCGAAAGAUAGUAUCCAUCUGUGUGGUUUUAGGCGAAUAUCCUGUUAUCCGGUACUACCGACCCCAAACGCCUACUCACGAGGCCAGCGUUUUGUGCUCGCAUCUAGCACGUUUCGUUCAGGACGAGAUCGAUAGCUAUGCAAGCUCCAAUCGAAAUUUUCCACCGCAAAGCCCUAGGCCGCGAGGUGUGCUUUUAAUAGUCGACCGGUCCAUGGAUCUGUUCUCUCCGUUGCUCCAUGAAUUCACAUAUCAAGCCAUGGCACAUGAUUUAUUACCAAUUAAAGAAGGUGACAAGGUUACCUACAAAACAGUGAUCAACGAAGGCAGCUCGAAAGAGGAGGUAACAGACAUGGAGAUUGGCGACCACGAUCGUGUAUGGAUGGAUUAUAGACAUCUUCAUAUGAAAGAUGUGCUGGAGAAAUUGGCUGAAGACUUUGCUAGAUUUCGAGCGGCAAAUCCACAGUUUGCAGAAGAGAAUGAUAAAGUCACGGUCAAUACUAUCAAAGACAUGCUAGCAGGUCUCUCUGACUUUCAAGAAGGGAAAAACGCAUACACACUUCACUUGAAUAUGGCGCAAGAAUGCAUGAACUUUUUCCAAGAGCGUAACUUACUGGAGCUCAGCUCAGUCGAACAGAGCUUAGCUACCGGUGUGGAUGAAGAUUAUAAGAAACCCAAGAACCUUGCUAUCCAACUCGUUCGCCUUCUCGAUGAACAAUCAGUGGUCCCGCCUGACCGUCUGCGGCUGAUUUUGAUGUAUCUGCUCUACCGAGAUGGCUUGCUCAAAGGUGACAUUCGGAAGUUGCUAGCUCAUGCGAAACUCCCACCUCAAGACGGUGAAAUUAUCUAUAAUAUGGACCUUUUAGGGGCCAGAGUCGAAAGGCCUUUGAAAGAUACGAAACUCCCACCUCAGCCACUAUUUCCGCUUAAGCAACUUGCAGCCACUGAAGAACAAGACAUUAGCCUGUCGAGAUUUGAACCAAAUGUGAAGCGGAUGCUUGAAGAACAAAUAAAGGGCACUUUGGAUUCUACGAUAUUCCCCUACACUCGCCCUCAAACAGACGCCGACAACAGCGCGCGCGAUCAAAUCUCUCAGUCGUCUUUGAGAAGCGCGAAGCCUACUUGGGCUCGAGCCAGAGGUUCUGGGGAUCUGCCGCGCCAACGGAUUCUAGUCUUCAUGGCUGGCGGAGCGACAUAUUCCGAAGCGCGAGCAUGUUAUGAAGUGUCCCAGAAUUCGAAUAAGGAUGUUUUCCUAGCCACCUCUCAUAUGCUGAAUCCAGGAUUAUUUCUUCGUCAAAUUGGUGACCUCAGCGUGGACAAAAGACGACUUGAUAUUCCAGCGGAGCGGCCCAAGCCAACCGCGCCCGCGCAUCUUUUCGAAAAGGAACCACCCCCAGUACCAAAACAACCGUUACCACCUGCUAAACAACCUUCAGCUGCUGCUCACGCAGCCGCUACCACAGCCUUUGCAAAUAUGAAUCUCAACGGACAGGCGCCACCGUCAAAUGGUGGCCCUACUCCCCAACCCCCGACAGGGAAGAUCAAGAAGGAGAAAAAGAAGCAUCGCUUUUUCUGA